UUCACGUGCGCACCACUGGAUGCAGCCCCGGAAGCCGCCAGUCGGCAAGCCCGGCUGUGGCCUCGGUGUCCUCGUGCAGGGAGAUGUUCUCAGCAGGCGCGGAGAGUCUGCUCCAUCAAGCCAGGGAUAUCCGUGAUGAGGAGUUGCAGAGGUUCUGCUCCCGGGUCAGCAAGCUGCUGCAGGAGGACCUGGGACCAGCCACCGUGGAUGCCCUGCAAAGACUCUUCCUCAUCAUCUCAGCCACGAAGUACACCCGAAGGCUGGAGAAGACAUGUGUGGAUCUGCUCCAGGCCACCCUGUCCUUGUCCACAUACUCGGAGCAGAUCCAGGUCCUCUGUGCUGCCAUUCUGAGAGAGAUGUCACCGUCCAACACCCUGACCCUGUCCUGUGAUCACACCCAGAACCCCCAUCAGCUGAGCCUGGUGGCAUCUGUACUCUUGGCCCAGGGUGACAGAAGAGAGGAGGUCAGAAAUGUGGGCCAGCGCAUCUUUACCAUCCUGGAGAGCCGGCAGCCUGAGGGGCCCAGUCUCAGGCCCCUCUUGCCUGUCUUGUCCAAGGUCGUGGGCCUUGCUCCAGGGACCUUCCAGGAAGACCAAGCCAGCCUGCUCAGCAAGCGACUAGUGGACUGGCUGCGCUAUGCCCGUGUCCAGCAAGGAGCCUCGCACUCAGGGGGCUUCUUCUCUACACCUAGGGCUCGGCAGCCAGGCCCCAUCACUGAGGUAGAUGGAGCAGUAGCCUCGGACUUCUUCACGGUGCUGUCCAUGGGCCAGCACUUCACAGAGGACCAGUGGCUGAAUGUGCAGGCCUUCUCCAUGCUACAGACGUGGCUGCUCCUCAGCAGCCCUGAGAGCGCAGGCACCCCAGAUGCAGAGGACAGGUCUGAGCUGGAGGGCUCCACUCUCUCUGUGCUUUCUGCUGCCUCUGCUGGCCGCCAGCUGCUCCCACAGGAACGUCUGAGGAAGGUGGCAUUUGAAUACUGCCAGCGCCUCAUUGAACAGAGUAACCGGCGAGCCCUGAGGAAAGGGGACUCUGACCUGCAGAAAGCAUGCCUGGUGGAAGCUGUGCGGGUAUUGGACACGGUGUGCCGGCAGGACCCCUCUUUCCUGUACCGUAGCCUCUCCUGCCUCAAGGCCUUGCACGGGCAGCUGGGCACAGACCCAGGCAGUGAGCGGGCGCUGCUGCCUCUCGCCCAGUUCUUCCUCAACCACGGGGCAGCAGCCGCAGUGGACGCUGAGGCCAUCUACCAGCAUCUGUUCAGCAGGCUCCCUCUCGAGCGCUUCCACAGCCCCAUGCUGGCCUUCGAGCUUGCACGCUUCUGCCGGGACAACCUUGCCCUGUUUGACCCCCAUCUCCUUGGCCUUCUGAAGCUGAGCUUUCCCAACCUCUUCAAGUUCCUGGCCUGGAACAGCCCGCCCCUCACUGCCGAGUUCGUGGCGCUGCUCCCUGCUCUAGUGGAUGCUAGCACAGCCGUGGAGAUGCUGCACUCCCUGCUGGACCUGCCCUGCCUGACAGCUGCCCUGGACCUGCAGCUCAGGUCUUCACAGAUGCCAUCUGAGAGGCCGCUCUGGGACACCUCGCUUAGGACCCCUGGCUGCCUGGAGGCCUUCCGGGACCCGCAGUUCCAGCCUUUCUUCCAGCACCUGCUGCGCACCAAGGCUAGCGGCUCCACUGAGAGGCUGAUCCCACUUUACCAGCUGCUGCAGCCCAUGGCCAGCUGUGCCCGGGUGGCCCAGUGUGCCCAGGCAGUGCCGACCCUGCUCCAGGCCUUCUUCUCUGCUGCAACCCAGGUUGCUGACGAGGCCCUAACCAACCAGCUGGCACUGCUGGUUCUGGAGAGAAGCAACACACUCUACCAGGUCCCACAGUAUGAGGCCUGCGUGCACAGGGUGCUGAGCUCCUGGUUCCUGGUCCUGUGUAAGCAGAAGCCAUCCCUGGUGCUGGAGCUGGCGAGGGAGCUCCUGGAGCUAGUGGGCAGUGUGAGCAGCAUCGAGAACAGAGCGGACAUGUUCACCUGUGUGGUGUGGGCCAUCGGCGAGUACCUGUCAGUGGCCUGCGACAGACGAUGCACCGUGGAGCUGAUCAACAAGUUCUUUGAGGCCCUGGAGGCCCUGCUGUUUGAGGUCACCCAGUCCCGCCCCUCGGCCACCAUGCCCCGGUGUCCACCCCAGAUUAUCACAGUGCUCAUGACCACACUGACCAAGCUGGCCUCUCGGAGCCAGGACCUCAUCCCCAGGGUCUCUCUGUUCCUGUCAAAGAUGAGGACCCUAGGCCAGAGCCCAGCCACGAGCUCUGUGCACAGUGAGGAAGACAUGGAAGCCAUCCGCACACGGGCCACAGAGCUGCGGAACCUGCUUAAGAUGCCCAGCGUGGCCCAGUUUGUGCUUUCGCCAAGCACAGAGGUGUGCCAACCCCGCUACCACUGUGACACCAACACAGCCCUGCCCCUGGCCCUGCGCACAGUUACCCGGCUGGUGGAAAGGGAGGCUGGCCUCUUGCCAGGGUGACAGAACUGUGACCUACUGGACACUGACCAGGUUGAUCCCAUCCAGUGAAGGAUCUGGGGCCUCGAGCUUGAUAGUGGGUCCAAGCCACUGGCUUUGAUGAGCAGAGAAUUCAGGAGCAGGAGACCACCCUGGGAGAGGAGAGAGGGUUUGGCCCCUAGAGAUGCCUCAGCCUGUCCUCUGCAGCUUUUUGGGCUUUGUCUUGUAACCCUGCCCCAUGGCUGUGCUGAGCUGCACCAUGGAGCAGCUGAUGGCAAGAAAAGCCCCCGGCCUUUUCUUGGGCUGGGUAGAUGUUGAUCUGUGUCCUGCUCUUCCUUGUUUCUGGAUAGUUCUGGAGCAGGAAGAGACAUAGUAAAAAUAAACAAUUCUUGUGCAGAGUCAAGACUCCUCUCUGCCUACAUCAGGGAAGAGAGCUGAGGGACUCCAGUGCACAGCGGCUCUAGGGAUGGUCUGUCCUUCCCACUCCUUCACUGAUAGGGGGAGGCACUCUACUACUGAGUUGCAGCCACAGCCCAUUUUUGAGAUGAUCUUCACAAAUCACUUGACUGGGCUAGAAGUUUUGGUCUGCUUCAGCCUCCCAGAGUGCUGGGAUUACAGUAAUGCUUAUUUUGAGACAGUCUCAACAGAAUUGCCCAGGUUGAACUCUGUCCUCCCCCAGUCUCCAGAAUGGCUGAGAAGCCAGUGUUCCUGAUGAUGCAGAAGUAACUUGUCAUUGGGCAGGAAAAGGCAGAGGGAAUCUCUAGAGUUACAACUGCAUGUACUUCACUUCCUCCUUUAUCUCAGUGUGGAGGUGGGGAAGAACAGGGCCAGGCCCUGGCAGGCGGGCUGCAGGCAGUGGCCUCAUCCUGUCCCAGGUCACUCGGCUCUGCCAAGUGGGGCUCAGUCUCCUGCCCUCACCUGGCUGGAGGCGCACCCACCCUGGGCUUUCGGCUCACAGGUGUUGAUGGACCGGGCUGCAUGCACUGCUCCAUGUUCAUCUUUCAGCAGCAGUGUCUUAGCUGGUACAUGCAAAUGCUGGACUCUGAGCACCACACAGAAAUGGUGCUUAGUGUUUUUUGAGUAUCACAGCUUACCCUUGAGAUUUGCCCUGAUGGUCAAAAAGCCAUGGUGGGUGGCACCAACCUGUGCCGGGAUCUGCUCUUCAUGCCCACACACGGCUCACAACAUGCAACCCCACGUGGUCCUUGCUGAAACAGAGAAAAAUGUUGGCUCAAAAUAGAAACCACGGCUUUCCACAGCGUGGAGCCCACCCUGGCCAGCACAGGCUUUAGCUUGGACAGCAAACACCACUUUCAUUUUAAAGGAUGUGUCCAGUUGGGAAUCUGGUAGGAAAUGAAUAAAAUAAUUUUAAGGAAAAGAACCAGAAGUCUUCUGGGAGUGAUAAAAUUUGAGUUCUCAAAGUUGGGAUGUUAAAGGUUGGGUCUCUGGUCUGUUAAGUGGUGAGUUUUUAAAUAACAUUUUUAAAAAUACUAUAUGAAAUCUUCAAACUUAUGUCUCCAACUUUUAAAAAAAUCUCUGGGUUUAAUUCUGGCUAAAUUAUUCAGACUUUUAUCCAGCUGAUUAAUCCUAUCUCCAUAUCUAAUUACCCAUUUAAUCUUUCGUUGAUUCCUAAAAUUUCAGUGUCUAGACUGUACUGAAGGUUGCACAACUCUAUGCUAACAACCAGUGAGCUGUUCAGUUUAACUUGGCAGAUGGUAUGUGAAUUGUAACCUGGUCAUUAGUUUGUGUCUAGAUGUCCCCCCAAAGUCUCAUGCCAUUUAGAUGGGGCUUUUCAGGGAGUAGCUGACUAGAGUUCAUGUGUCAUUCAUGGUUCCAUGCUGGCAGUAAGGAUGAGGGAUUGCUAGGUCAGUUCACUGCUUGGAUUGGCACUGCCCUAAUCCCAGCAGUCUGGAAGAGGCUGUUACCCUCGUUGCUUUUGCCAUCUGCUGCUGCCAUGAAUUGCUGUCCUCUGUGAAGCCACCCUGCCUGGGAGCCAGUUGAUUAUGGACUGAAACCUCUAUGUGAACCGAGAGCUAUAUAGACUUUUCCACCUUUAACUUUGGAUAUUGGGAAUUUUAUCUCAGCAAGGAGAAGAGUAAGACACAAGUAAAACUUGCCAAUUUUCAAUAAGCAUAGUUUUCAUUUCUAGAAGUUCUGGUUCGUUUAGUUCUCAU